CCAGACUGUUAAGAGGUUGUCCGCGGCCGUCAAUUAGCCGUUUUUCUGUUUAUUACAUCAAUUCCCUCUUAACGCUCCUCUUUUUCUGUGCUGGCCUUGUUUUCCGACUUUGUUCUUUUUGCGUUGUCUAGUUUGUUUGUAUUGAAUGUUAAUAAUACGUUUAUAUAAACAUUGUGAAAUUAAAUAACAAAAAGUAGGAGCGGGAUGGUCAACUGUUACUCCAAAUAGACUUUAAGGGAGGAAUCGGGACAAAUUUGGAUGAAAAUGAUGAUAAAUAAAUGCCUGUUUCUUUCAAAGCGUAGUUUGGCGGCUGGAUAAUGCCGGUUCCAGUGCCAUGCUAAAGCAGACGGGUGUUAAUGAAACUCCAAAUGAAUACAAAUGGAUCUGAAUUGCCGAGCAUUUUUAGCCGAAAGUAACUUGGUGUUUGUUUUGUGGCGUUUGAGUUCCUGUACCGCAGCUUCCGUGCACCUGUAACUGUUACCCGUUUUCGGAAACUUUCUGAAAUAUGUUUUUUAAAUGUCGGAUCUUAUAGUGAAACUGCUGCCGUUAUCAUUAAGAUGGUCCUCUGUUGCUUGUGAUGCACAUGCAAAACUGGGCAGUUUGCGGCGGCUGCCGGACGCCUUGGAUUCGCGUUGUCGUUUCCACGAAUCGGAUAACCGGAGCAGCGUAACUGCGGGCAUGUUGGCGAGUUUCACUCCGCGUAGCCCGUCCGCGAUAUAACACCUCAGUCACAUCUGGAAGAAGAGAGAGGACGGGAGGACUCUGCUGUCAGUCACAAUUACCCUUGACACUUAAAGUUGAUUUUGGAUUUGCUUUCUGAAGGGUGACUGAGUUGGCAGCUUGCUGCCUCUGUCCCCCCCCAAACCCCCCAGCCACCCGCACAUCUCUGAUGGAUGGUGAUGUUGCCAUGCUCGUCGGCCAGCCUCCGUCUCCUCUCCCUUCUAAGCCCUCACCAGGUGAGGUGGCAUCCUUGACCAUGGGCGCACCUCCUCCCCCUCCUCCGCCGCCCCCUCUUCCGCCUCCCCCACCUGGUCCGACCGAUGCCGUCGGCGUGCGAGGUGGCCAUUUCAGCCGGGCUGCCCACCGCCAGUCCAAGAUGCGCAACUUCAACUGGGAUACGUUACCGUGGCAACGCGUACUGGGCAAGCGCAACGUGUGGACGGCCUCGCGGGCACGUGAGGAUUUCCCGCUGGACACAAAGUACAUGGAGGAGCUCUUCAGCCGCUGUGAAGCUGCCCGGCCCAUCAGUGACUGCAAGGGCACAAGUGUUACCAUGACAACAGAGAUGAUUUCCAUCCUAAAUUCCAAGAAGUGCAUGAACAUUGGCAUCUUUCUGAAACAGUUCAAAAGGCCAGUAAUGGAAUUGAUCGGAGACAUCCGACAAGGCAACUGGAAGGCUUUUGGGACGGGCAAGUUGAGAGAGUUGUGCAAGCUUCUGCCUGAGCUGGAGGAGGUGAAGAUGCUGAGUGCGUUUAACGGAGACUGCUGCCAGCUGACCGAGGCGGAUCACUUCAUGGUUAAGCUGGUUAAGGUGCCUGGCUACGAGGAGCGGCUCCACAGCAUGGUCCUCAAGGAGGAGUUCUCUCCGAUGAUGGAGGAGAUAAAGGAGGCCAUCACCGUCAUGACGACGGCUGCCAACGAGCUGCUGAACUGUGACGACCUGCACUCGGUCAUCCGGCUGGUACUGAAAGCCGGCAACUACAUGAACGCUGGCGGCUAUGCUGGCAGUGCUAUUGGCUUCCGGAUGUCCUCCCUGCUGAAGCUGGUAGACACAAAGGCCAACAAGCCAGGCAUGAACCUCAUGCACUACGUGGCCAUGCAAGCACAGGAGAUAGACGCUGCCUUGCUGAAGUUCCCUGAGCAGCUUCCACACAUCAGAGCCGCAGCCAGAAUCAAUAAGCAGGAAGUGGAGAUGGACUUCCAGAGGCAGGUGGAGAACGUUCUGGAAGCGAGGGCGAACGCCAGCAAGCACCAGGAACUGCAAAUGCAGAUGGAGAGCUUUUUCAUGGAAGCGGAGUCCCAGGUGACUGCGGCAGAGUCGUCCUUCCAGGCCCUGAGCUCAGUCAGUCAUGUGGUGGCAGAGUACUUCUGUGAAGACCCCAGCCUCUUCAAGCUGGAUGAAUGCUGCUUCAUCUUCCACUCCUUUUGUGAGAAGUUCACGCGGGCUCUGCAGGAGAACCACGAGCGUGAGGAAGUUGAGGAACGGAGGAGGCAGCAGGAAAGACAGCGCAGCGUUGCCAAGCGGCGUUCCACGGCCACCUGCUCCAGGACGGAGCGUGACAUGGAAAGUGUGGCUCUGGAGAGUCUCCUGCACACCUACUUGACCAGCCACUGCGCUCGGCGGAAAGCGGGCCGGACUGAUGAGCUCGGGAAUGCAGGUAGCCCAGAACGAGGGGAACCACAGCUGAGCAGCUGGUCUUCCAUGCAGGAUUUGAGAUCCAGCGUGCCCCGGGACGGGCCGCCCUCCAUCAACGACACGCCGACCCCUAAAGCCCGCAAGUCGAGGAGCCAGGCUUCGCUCCCCAAGUGGAACAGUUGCAGCUCUCGGCUGGAGAAGCGUGGCCAGCUCUCGUUGGAGGAGGAAGAUGAGGCGGACGCGGAAGUAGCAGAGGAGGUGCCGAGGACGCCGGAGGCCUCCGGGGAGGUGCUAGCGUACCGGAUGCGUUGGGGCAGCCUGCUUCCUGGGGAGUCCCCCCUCCAAGUGUCAUGGUCACCCGGCGGAGCAGCCACUUCGCCGGCCAGUCGCAUUCCUCAGGACGAAGGCAGUCCCCGGACCAUCCUGAGCCUGUCGCCCAUGACGACUCCCAAGUCCACCCGCCGUCACACCAUCUCCAUGCCCCUCUCGGCAUCUUGGUGCGAGCUGCACUCGGCACCCUCAACUCCCAUCCAGGCCACGCCCCCUCCAACCGAAGCCACAUCCCUGACGCGAUCCACACCCUCUCCCCAGGACCUGGUGGCAAAAAGGAAAUCUGUGGACAGCUUUCUGUCCUCCCCAAUCGCAGGAGAGGCCUCCAUACACACGGCGCUCUCGUUGUCCGGUGACCACGAGCCGGGGGGGGCUGCCCAGGACCUGGGGAUUGCCUCCAGUCCCCAAGAAGACGGUGGGAUCACUGAGCCUGUCCCCGGUUUCCGUCUGGGUCACCUGUUCCAGCGGCGGCAGAAGCCCAUAGCAGCUAAGUCGGAGAGGCAGGACGGCUCUGCCUUUGUGUCCUUCUUCAAACGCCUCGGAGAGCGAGGUGGUCGCCACGGCGAUGACGAGCUGGAGGUAAUAGUCAGGGACUCCUGAGGAAACUGGUUACUUUGGGGGGGCUUUAGAAUAAUUUUUAUUUAUUCUUAAAGACUACAAUUUUAAGUCUUUUCUUUUUCCUAAAACGCAAAGAAUUGUUUCUUGUGACCUGGAACAGUUUUAAUAAAAACUGAGGGCGGGGUUGCGCCCAGAGACGAUGACGUCGUUCUGUCCAUCUGUAGGUUGCUGACUUUAUGGUUUCGUACCUUUACAUCAUACCUUUUAUUUUCGUUUUUUACUGAACUUACCGUGCAAACAGAGGUGUUCCUUCCUGGAUUCCUGGAACUGCCCAGCUCAAGUGCUCACCGGAACCAUUCUGUUUGUGAACAUUGUUAAAGAGGUAUGAUGUAUUUUUAUAUGUACAUAAAAAUAAAGUGUGGAGUUUCCACCGUC